UCCGGCUGUCACGUGACACGCCGAGAGGGUUUGACGAGCGGAUGCGCUGGUGAAGAAGCAGCAGCAGCGGCGUGUGUUUGUGUUGGUCCUGUUGUGAUGUGUGGCGGACGGAUGGAUGGAUGGAUGAGGAGGAGAAGAAGAAGCAGCUCCUGCGUCAUCGUCUCAUCACCGGAGCAUCCUCCUUCUCUUGCUGGGUCCCACUCAUCUGGACCACGCUGGUGCCAGCAAGUGAGGGCCUGUGCAGCUGCGGAGAGCAACAGAUGCUCGUCCCUCUUGUUGUGUGUCAACUCUUCUCAGACCCAUCACGUGCCUGCAACAGUCUCACUGUGACGUCAUGUCAUUUGAUGAAGCGUGCCGUCACAGCAGUGCUGCAGUGCCAGUGGAGUUUUUCAAGGAGACUGUGUGUGUAUGUGGAUGAGUUUGUGUCUUGCUCUCUGGAUGAGCUCUUGGUAUUGAAAACACUGACCACAGUUACAUGUAACUGACCCAGUUAUUGUGUCAGUCGAGCUGAGUUUGGACGUCUAAAAUGCAUGUAAACAGCUGAGUCCCGGGCAGAAAUUGACUGACUGAUUUGUCAAACAAACUGCGAUAUAACUUAACUCGUCUUUUAUUAACAUCAAGACUGUCCAGAGUUCCGACGCCAUGGCCUCUGCCUCUUGUCUCCUGUCCUCCUGGAGAUCGGCUGCGGACACGUGGGUGAAAACGUCACAUUUUUAGAGACGAAAGGCUAAUAAAAAACGCCUUAAAUCGGUUUGAUGUGAUGAGGCUCAAUAUUUUGGUGGUAUGAAAAUCCAUCUGUCAGCCGCAAGGUUCCAUCUGUUGACGCUGAUUCUGGUUCUUUGCUGUGGUGAUCAGUCGAUUGAGUUCAGUCAAAUUUCGUUUUGUUCCCAUAAGAGCACAGGGACUUAAUGCUGCACACUAAUGGGGAGAAGCUAAACCUAUCAUGCUAACGGUUAGCAGUGCUUGCCAGUGUGACAAAUCAGAAAAAGACUGAAGAGAAAACCGAUGCCUGUUGUAUCAGAAGCUGUUGGCGGAGAAUAAACGUGUUAGCAUUGCAGCGCCUGGUGUGCUAUUCAUAUGGUGCUGCAUCUUCUUGUUAGCACUUCAAUGGUAACUGCUCAUAGUGACCAGAAGACACUAGAAAAACAGUUUAUUCUUUGUCCCGACAGUUAUAGUCUGGUGCGUAGGACUCAUUUUGUGUAUGACUUUUUUCUCCAGACAAGAUAGUUGCGAUGCUUCUAGUUGAUACACAGGUGUCUUGUUUGCUAACCAUUUGGUUUGAUAGCAACCGAUGUAAAGGGAAAUGUUAGAUGCAAAGCAACAAAGGUUGAAUAUGGCAACUGGUCCUUUGUUGUGUGAUGACCCAGAUGACAAACGUUGACACAUGAAAAGGUUUAGUGCUGAAGAUUUGUGAAUGUUACUAUUGUUAUUUCCAGAGUAUUGAGCGCAUCCGAAUAUAAGCCACACACACUAAAUUCAAGUAGAAGUAGGCGGGUUCAGCGGUGCUGCCAACGCUGUAGAAAGGGCCUCCGGAGCUGAUCCACAGAUCCACAUGUUGUGAACUGCCUCCGGUGUCCUGAUGCAACUCAGCUUGGAUGAAUUCAUCUCCCCGCCUGAGAGUCUGGUUCGACUUGAAUGAGAGGACAGCGUGGAGAAGGGGUCCACACAAGAAGACGCUCCGUCAGAUGUCGGAUCAUGGUAGUGCCGCUCUAGCACCCAUGGGAAAAGCUGGUUGAUUGCUGGCCUUCUGUUCCACGUCCAGUACCUGCAACACACGAGCCCUCUUCAGCAGCACAGGAACAUGCCCACGCCAGGGUUGGCGUCGUGCCACUUGUGGUGACGGAUUGUUGAGUGCGUGAGUGUGCACGGACGGCAGGAAGGCCGCAGUGGACGGCGGGUGUGCACCAAGACGUAUUGCCAGGCGGGAGAACCAUGCGGCCCUGGGCGGGAUCGUGGCGUUGGAUUACCCUGGUGCUGCUGGCCUGGGGGACGCUCCUCUUCUACAUCGGGGGUCACCUUGUGAGGGACAGCGAGCAUCCGGAGAGGUCGAGCCGAGAACUCUCCAAGAUCCUGGCCAAGCUGGAGCGGCUGAAGCAGCAGAAUGAAGACCUUCGGCGCAUGGCAGAGUCGCUCAGGAUACCCGAGGGUCAGGCAGACGCCGGCACCCUGGCUGCAGAGAGACUACGUUCCCUGGAGGACCAACUCACCAGAGCCAAGCAGAAGAUCCACAGCUUCCAGAAACUCACUGGAGACGGACCAGGGCCAACUCAAGAGGAGCUGCGACGGAGGGUUGAAAACGGCGUGAAGGAGUUUUGGUACUUUGUCCGCAGCGAGGUGAAGAAGCUGGCCAACAUGGAGACGAGCGAGAGGCAGAAGUAUGCCGACACUUUGCUGCAGGAUCUGGGAAACCAGGAGAGGUCGAUCAUGACGGACUUGUACUACCUCAGUCAGGCGGACGGCGUGGGCGAGUGGAGGAUCAAGGAAGCCAAAGACCUGUCGGACCUGGUCCAGAACCGGAUCACCUACCUGCAGAACCCGAGCGACUGCAGCAAGGCCAGGAAGCUGGUGUGCAACAUCAACAAGGGCUGCGGCUAUGGCUGCCAGCUGCACCACGUGGUCUACUGCUUCAUGAUCGCCUACGGCACGCAGCGCACGCUCAUCCUGGAGUCGCACAACUGGCGCUACGCCCCCGGCGGCUGGGAGACCGUCUUCCUGCCCGUCAGCAACAGCUGCACCGACCGCUCCGGCGCCUCCACUGGACACUGGUCAGGUGAAGCCCACGACAAAGACGUGCAGGUGGUGGAGCUGCCCAUCGUGGACAGCCUCCACCCCCGACCCCCCUACCUGCCCCUGGCCAUCCCUGAAGACCUGGCCCCGCGCCUGCACCGUCUCCACGGCGACCCGUCCGUCUGGUGGGUCUCUCAGUUCGUCAAGUACCUGGUCCGACCUCAGUCCUGGCUGGAGAAGGAGAUCCAACAGAGCACGGCCAAGCUGGGCUUCAAACACCCCAUCAUCGGGGUUCACGUGAGGCGGACGGACAAGGUGGGGACGGAGGCGGCCUUCCACCCCAUCGAGGAGUACAUGGUCCACGUGGAGGAGCAGUACCAGCACCUCGCCCGCAGGAUGCACGUCGACAAGAAGCGGGUCUACCUGGCCACCGACGACCCUUCGCUGCUGCAGGAGGCCAAGACCAAGUACCCAGACUACGAGUUCAUCAGCGACAACUCCAUCUCGUGGUCAGCCGGCCUCCACAACCGCUACACGGAGAACUCGCUGAGGGGCGUGAUCUUGGACAUCCACUUCCUGUCCCAGACCGACUUCCUGGUCUGCACCUUCUCCUCACAGGUCUGCCGCGUGGCUUACGAGAUCAUGCAGACACUGCACCCGGACGCCUCGUCGUGCUUCUACUCCCUGGACGACAUCUACUACUUUGGGGGCCAGAACGCGCACAACCAGAUCGCCGUGUACCCGCACCAGCCGCGCAACAGCGAGGACAUCCCGCUGGAGCCGGGCGACGUGAUCGGCGUGGCCGGCAACCACUGGGACGGCUACUCCAAAGGCAUCAACCGCAAGAUGGGCCGCACCGGCCUCUACCCGUCCUACAAGGUGAAGGAGAAGAUCGAGACGGUGAAGUACCCCACCUACCCCGAAGCCGACAAACUGCUGAGCGCGCAGAAGAAGUGAACUCCAGGAAAGUGAAGGAACAUUUUCGCCAAAGGAGGGAACCUCCUGACCGAGGCUGCUUUUGUACAGACGCCUUCGUGGAGCCCACCAGAAGAAGAAGAAGAAAAAAAAAAAAGCUGCACCGAGGUCGUGUGGCGUUGGUCACGGACGACUGGACCCCUCACCCCCGCCCCCUCCUCCCCAGCAGCCUGUAGAGAAUCAUCGGUUUUAAACAAAAAAAGGAAGAAACUCUUUCCAGACUUGAGCGUCGAAUCAAAAAUAAUUAAUUUAAUGAUUUUUGCCUUUUAUUUCUCCUGUUUUGUUACUGAAUGUACUGUACGCUUCUCUUGCCACGCCCCCCCACCCCUGCCCCCCCUCCUCACCGUGCUUCCUCAUCUGUCUCAUGUGCAAUUACUUUUUUUUAUUUCUUUUUUUAAACCACGUCGUGCUUUUAUGGAGUGUUUUUAAAUUGACUGGUGCGUCGUACUGUAGCGUGAGAAAGGGGGCGCUUUUUACUCCUCCUGACUGAAAAUAGUGUUUCUGUGCCCAGCGGGAGCCCGGCAGCCGGUGGGGGGGGCGGGUCCGUCCACACUCCAACCCCCCUCCCUCCCCCUCACUUAGCACUUGAUGAUCUCCGGUGAACUGUGGAGUUUGUGGUCCACAAGCGACGAGCACGUCCGGCCCAGGCGUUGGGUGGGUCCCGCCGCUGGUUUACCAGCAGAGCAAGUCUUCGGUUGGACCAUUGGUCGUCACCAACUCCACUCCACGCCAUCAUUUCAUAACUUAUGUUUUUGGGCAUUGUCUUUGAUAACCACCACAAAUAAACUCCAGAAACCAACAGCCUCACCUGCUGUUCCUGCUGCUGAGCCCCAACAGACCCGCGGGCCUCGCGUGUCCGUCCGGCUGACGCACAGCAUCAGUCUGACGCUAUGGCGCCACCACCUCUCAGAGAGACGCACACCGAUGUAUCCAGAUCUCACACAGCGCACGAGAUGGAAGUGCCAGCUCUUAGGUACAAACACAGGCACGUUUGUGUCUCUGACUUUGUGGGGACCGCACAUUGCAUCAUGCUCUCCUCAGCCUCUCACCCUAAUGGUCAGUUCAUGCCCCGGUUACGGACAAAAAUGUUGCUCAUCACAUGCAGCCCUGCGUUCUUCAGGUCGGUAUUGCUGUUCACCAAUAUCUCCACCAGGGGGAGCAGCCCUUACUCAAAAGGUUAUGACAACAACAAACUGCUAAACAAACAUGGCGACGGUGAAAGAAGUAUCGAUCACCAACGGAGAUAGCGUGGAGGUGGUGGUCAGUGAGGAUGUUAAAUUUAUCGCAACUGGUGGAUGGAGAAUUACCACCAUUGUUAUGUCUCCUUCUUGUCUCAUUAGAUCUAUGUAUCGGGCAGUAACUGCAACACUGCCCCCCAUGGUUUCUGGUGGUACUGCUCCGUUUGGCCCCUAUCCCUAAGUUUUGUGGACGGAAAUGAACCCAGCGCACGGGCAGAAGGAUCCGUCAGGAUCAGUGUGGAGAGAUGAGCAUCAAUGGGCCUUAAACCUAACCGUCCAAAAUGGCUGAACUUAACAGGCACCGUAACUGCCUCACCCCAUUUGAAGUCUUCAUCCUCAAACUGAGGCUUGGAGUUACGGAGUUGAGGUAAAUGGCCCCCACAAAGCAAUAAGGUCCCCACAAGGAAGCAUUUUGUCGACCAUUGUUCCCCACAAGGCAGGGUAAACAAGUACACACAUACAGUCAAAGAUUCCCACACAAGCUAUUGAUGAUGAGGCUUCAUGAAACAGUGUCCUCCUCUUCAGCGCCCACUACAGGGCGCUCUGGGCGACAAUCUGAGGAACUGAACAACCACCGGUUCAAUGAAACCUCACAUCAGUUUCAAACCAAGGCUGCCCUCUAGUGGACCCUGAAGACUUGUUUCAUGAAGCCUCAUCAGCCCAUCGCUACUUCCAGCACGUAAAAACACACCUUCAUCCCAGUAACACACCUGGGACUCCCUCACAUGGAGGGCAACACACCACACACUCAGCACACCUGCUGCAGUAACUAGCAGCUUUGCUGCAUUGUUACUAAAAACUCCCACAACUGGAUCAGAUCACUGGAGCGGACGCGUCUCCUGACUGCACACUUCUCUGGCUCUAGCCUCACACACACACGCACACACCUGUCUGUGUCAUACACAGACAACGCUCUUCACUAGACUUAAACCUCUAUAAUGGUUUCAGUGUUCGCACACACAGUUCCCACGCUGGGUCAUUAAGACACACAGCUUCUGUAGCAGCAGCCACAUCUGUUUUAAUAUACACAGCUCUGUGGUGUAACUGAGACUCACACACACUCGCACAGAGUCGGGGAGUGGAUCCGCAGCCCCACAACACACUUGCCUCGUCUCCAGUGUUUGUGGCAGUGAAACACACAACACAGCUCGCAGCAGGGCCGAGUGUUCACGGAGCCGACAAUCGCUGAAGACAAAAUGGCUAAAACUGUAAUUACCACCCACUGAAGAAUAUCUUUAUCUCUUGAAAGACGUCACUGAAGUUAAUCUUUGAAUCAAUCCCAAUUGCAAAAUUGAUUUCUUAUUGAGUCAGGGAUCACUGCUGCCUUCAGUGCUCAGCAGCACGAGAGAGACGUCAGGGACCAGAGGAUGACCCAAACAAAGAUGUCACCCAGGACCAGAGGACGACCCAAACAAAGAUGUCACCCAGGAC